CUGUCCUUUUAAUCUCUUGAAUUAACCUUUCUGUAUCAUUACAUUAUACUUUCAGUCUGCAUUUGCUUAAUCUGUCAGUUAAUACUUCAGUUUGAACAAUUGAUUGAUUGGGUACCUGUGUGUAUACGUAAUGUUGCGUUCUAAUCUUUCUUGUUAUUAUUAUUUAUUGUUAUUAUUGCUAUUGUUCUUCUUUAUGAUACGAAAGCUCCUCACUCCAGUAGUCACGCCUCUUCUGUUUUCUUUUAUUUAAUUAAAUAAUCACGAUUGCUCUACUCUUGUGGAAGCACAAGUAAAGCAUGACAUGCAAUUUACAAUCCCAGAUGCAAUUCUUUUUUGUUUUUUUGUUUUUAUAAUAAAUUUCGUGAUCUUGACACUGUGUAUCAGCCAUAUUAUCAUCAGUAUCAGCAUGGCCGUAUGUGUUUUAUGUUCUCUCUCUUUCUUUAUUGUUGUUCACUGGUUUUUGUAAUUUGGUUGCCCAGUUGAUCAUAACGUUUCUUGUUUUCUUUUAAUCACUUUCUCUGGCUCUGCUUCUACUAAUAAGGAAUUCUGUAUGCCUGGAUGCAAAUUUGAAUAUAUCCAUCCUCCCGCUAAUGUUUCAUUCAUAUGUUCAUCAAUCAUGUUGCAUUUCAUUUAUCUUGUUAUUUUAUUAUUAUUUUCUUUUUAAUUAGUGUUAUUAAUUUUGUUACUUUUCUCAGGACACUGACAUAAUCUGAGACCUAGAAGAAGAUACAUUUCUAUGGGGCUUCUGGACAUCUUUAUUGCUUCAGUAAUACCAGUUGUAAAAGUGCUCCUGAUUACUGCUGUUGGUUCAUUUCUUGCAAUUGAUUAUGUAGAUAUAUUGGGAGUCGAUGCAAGAAAACAUCUAAAUAAUAUUGUCUUUUUCGUCUUCAACCCAGCACUUGUUGGUAGCAACAUUGCUAAAUACAUUACACUUAGAAGCAUGGGCGUACUGUGGUUCAUGCCACUCAAUAUUCUUAUCACAUUCAUCAUUGGCUCAAUGCUCGGAUGGCUACUCAUUAAAAGUACCAAAGCUCCUCAUGAGCUCUGGGGCCUUGUAUUGGGAUGCUGUUCUGCAGGAAAUUUGGGGAACUUGCCUAUGAUAAUCAUCCCGACUGUGUGUAAAGAAAGAGGCAGUCCAUUUGGAGAUGUUGAUGUCUGUUACACACACGGACUGGCAUAUGCUUCACUCUCUAUGGCAAUUGGAUCUAUCUACAUGUGGUCUUAUGUGUACAACAUUGUGCGUUUGUACUCAAACAAGGACUGUGGAGGGACCAAACUGGAUGCCAUCACUAAGGGUGCAAAGUCUUCUGGAGAAACACCAAAAAAUCUUUCAAGAUGUUGCACAGGACCAUUGCUUCCUUUAGAAAAUUCCUCACGAGAUGAAGAGCAUAUGGAUUGUUUUGAACUAGAGUGCACAUUAUCUAAGGAGAAGGAAGAGGUCUCCAUUCUAGACAGGAUUAAGCAGGGUUUACAAAUGGUUACAGAGUUCAAGUUAAAGAGAUUGUUUGCACCUUCAACUACUGGAGCGGUGAUCGGAUUUAUUAUUGGCACCACGCCUCAGUUACGAGAGGCUCUAAUCGGUGAUAAUGCUCCUCUUCAUGUGAUUCCAGAUUCUGCAUCCUUGCUUGGAGAUGCUGCCAUUCCAUCAAUCACUUUGGGGGUAGGGGCGAAUCUUCUCACAGGUCUGAAAGGGUCAGCAGUGCAGCUGCCAGUAAUUGUUGGGAUAAUGGUGGUUAGGUACAUUAUAUUGCCAAUUUGCGGGGUGGUGAUUGUUAAAUCUGCAGUGCACUUGGGGUUAGUGCAGUCAGAUCCGCUGUACCAAUUCGUUCUUCUGCUUCAGUUUGCUCUUCCUCCAGCAAUGAACAUAGGUCUGUCUGAUAAAUUAAAAUGUCUAGGCCAAGUUGAGCAUGAGCUUGUAAUUGAUGUACUUGUUCGGCCUCACAAUGCUCGCGCAGGUAUGAUGACACAACUGUUCGGAGCAGGUGAGAGCGAAUGCUCAGUGAUUCUGCUAUGGAGUUAUGCAGUGGCAUCAGUUUCGCUAACGCUGUGGUCAACAUUCUUCAUGUGGCUUGUGGGGUAGCAGAGUUACUCAGUAAACAAUACUAAUCUUGUUUUGGUUUUGUUAGCAGAGAUAAUUCCAUUACAUUGGCUACAUAGAAAUGCAUAUGUACAUCUGAUAGGAGUCUAAUUUCUUAAAUGAUCAAUGAUGCAGAUUUUAACUGCUGCAGUUUUGUGGUUC